GUAAAAUCACAGAAACAUCGUAUAAAAUAUUUUUCUUUUUCUUUUCCCAGGUAGGCCUAGCAGUAUUUUGUAAAAUGGCACAAGAAGCAAAGACGGUUUCUGCAUUGAAAGAACUCAAUUUUUCAAUUUUCAAUUUAUUGAUCUGUUUGCACAAAACAGGAACAGGAGAAUGGACUUCCUUUUCAAAUAGCCUAAGCCAGCACUAAGGAAGUCAAGCAUUUGCUGUUAGGAUAAGACCUAAAGAAUUAAAUAAUUAUCUAUCUUUAUAAUCUAUCAAUCAAUGGUAUGUUAAACAAUAGCAAUAAAAGCAUUUAAGAUUUUAUUUGUCUGAAUGUGAGACAGCCCCCCCCCCCCCAUGUAAUAGUCACGAGCCGCCACUGCAAAGUUUGUAUAUGGCUGAUAAUCUUGAAUUCCGUUUUUCCAAUCUUGAAUUCCGUUUUCCCGGAUAUGUCCGGGAAAAUCCGUACGUAUGGCUACAUACACCUUAACUUAUCUACCAGUGGUAGAUAAGUUAUGGUGUAUGUAGCCAGCCGUUAGACUAUACCGUAGCUGGCUGGAGAUCUUGACAUUGGGACAGACUGUGAGCAGCACUGUAUAUAUCCAACAAUUAUUUCUUGCCUACUUAUUAAACACAACGAAAUCCUUUCAUAGUUCUCAAGGUAGUGGACAGACCAGAGCAUGACACUGAAGGAAAGGAGAGCCCAUCAAGUGACAGAAAGUAGAAGAGGUCACAAGAAGAAGAAAAAGAAGGCCAGAGGAGGAGCAGUCAACUCAGAGGCCUGAUUCAAACGUGAUUCCCUGCGUAUCCCUGAGGUGGUGGCUGCUGCCCUUGCUGCUGCCGCUGUCAGGGCAGGUGGCGCCCUUCAUGAUGCCCUGGGUGGCAUGGGCGGCAGAGAAAUAGGCGACCUAAGAUGGUGGUGUGGUGUGCCAGUGCUGGGAUCAGUCAGUGUUGUGCUUCCUUGCCUGCCAUUGGUCUAUUGCCGCCAGGUUUUCUCUGCACUGAGCACCGCCAAGCUGCACCAGAGAGGUACGAGUACAUAAGCAUGUGGACUUUGAAUAGGAGCUUAGUGACAGAGCUGCAGGUGGCCUUUGUCAGCUUCCUGGUGGCACAAGUGUGGGAUGGCUGGGAGCAGUGGAGGUGCCUGGUGAGGCAGCUGUUCCGGACAGAGGAGGUGCUGCUGGAGGAGCCACAGUUGUAUGCUAAGCUUCUCUCUGUCCUACACUAUCAGUUAAUGAGUAAAUCCUGAAAAGAACUGGAGGAAUAUAAUUUGUGCUGCAGGGAUACUGUGACGCCCAAAACUGUGCUGAGAUGGAAGGACCAC